AUGUAUUUUCUGACAACAGGAAGCAACUUCCUGAAAAUCAUUAGCUUGGUCAAACAAGUGGUCAAUAGCCGGCAAAUAAGUUUGACGAGAAUGGCUAAAAGUAAAUUCGAAUAUGUGAAAGAAUUUGAACGUGAUGACUGUUGUUUACCAAAUUGUUGGAUCGUGGUUAGAAUUGAUGGAAGAAAUUUUUCGAAAUUUUGCGAUGCACAUCAAUUCACUAAACCGAAUGAUGUAGCUGCUUUGCAAUUGAUGAAUCGCGCGGCUAUUACAGUUAUGGAAGAUUUCAAAGAGAUCAUUUUGGGUUUUGGUCAAAGUGAUGAAUAUUCUUUUGUCUUUCGAAAAGAUACUCAACUUCAUAAAAGAAGGGCCUCAAAAUUGAUGUCAAUUGUAAAUUCACUUUUUGCAUCAUCAUAUGUUUAUCAUUGGCCUCGAUUCUUUCAAGGCAAAGAAUUAUAUUAUCCACCAUCCUUUGAUGCCCGUGUUGUAUUAUAUCCUACAGAUAAAAAUUUGAGGGAUUAUUUAGCAUGGCGGCAAACAGAUGUUCAUGUGAACAAUUUAUAUAAUACCUGCUUUUGGAAUCUUGUACUACAAGGAAAAUUGACUCCAAGUCAGGCAGAAGAGAAACUUAGAGGUACAUUAGCAUCGCAUAAGAAUGAAUUACUGUUUCAAGAAUUUGGCAUAAAUUAUAACAAAGAGCCUCCACUUUUUCGAAAGGGUACUACACUUAUAAGGAAAUUAGUACCCGAUGGAACAGGCAGAUUAAAACCAGCGGUAGUUCCACUGGUAGAUGAUAUUAUUGCAGACCGUUUUUGGAAGGAAAAUCCAGAAGUAAUUGGAUUAAAAAGUUUGGCAACUUAUCAACCCCCAAAUCUAGUUAAUAAUGCCACACCAUCGCCGACCGCAAAUAUAAAACAUAUUAAUAAUACUCCACCAUCCUCUGUUCCUAAUGUAAAUUCUAUAAAGAAAGACGCGCAUCCUACGAUGAGUCGUGAAUCGGAUGGAGAAAAAAUGCAGUGUGAAAGUGAACGAAUUUGUAGAAGAUAAGCAGUGGUUUACUCAUUUUUUUUUAUUUUACAAUAAAUUUGAAAAAUAUCCUAACGGAAAAUAA